GACUCAGUGAAGUAACGGUCAGUGUUAAUGACCAGCGGCAAUUUUCACGGUGAAGGCUGAUAGGAACAGCAUACAAGUGAUUGUUCACGUCUCGGCGAUAAACUCACCGGCAUUCUAUUGUCCUUUCUCUCGCUUUAUAAACUCUAUAAACUGUAUACACUAUCACGGUGUACUUACAGAGAUCAACCGUCUCAGUAAUCACCUCCGUCUCCUUCUACAUCCUUAAUCGAAAUAGUAAUAGUUUGUACUUGGGGAUUUUUCCUCUCUGUUUAGUUAUAUUAGACGAAAACGGAAAAUUGUAUUAUAUCUCUUAAGAGCUAACUAGACGGUAAUGCUGCUGUUAAGUAUCCGAGCAACCAGCGGAAAAACAAUUGCCUCUGAAACUAACGUUACAAAUAAUGACAAUAAUAAUAAUAAGUUAAAUCAAAUAGUGGUGCUGCGAAUGAUAAAAUUGUUAAAAACAUCAGUGAAAGGCAUUGUAGUAUAUUAAGACGCGAAUUUACAGAAGAUCUAUCAGUUUUAGAACAACAUUUCUUAGACAACCUUGUUAACAAAACAUGCACGCCUUUCCUUAUAUUUUCAUUCUCGGGCUGACAACUUGGACAUCAGCCUCUCCAAUGAAAAUUUUAUUCACCGAUUUGUACGGACGUCAAUUUGUAAUGCCACUGAUAUCGAUACAUCAACAACUAAAGAGGUCUGACGAGACACCUGCUGAACAUGACACGGAAUUUGGACGAAGAACCGAGGGAGGCUUCCAACCCUCUGUUGGAAACUAUGGGGACCAAAACCACGACUAUUCCUCAAACUUUCACAGUUUUGACCAACAUGAGGGUUUGAAUGAUGAACCCAGCAACGAGGAGUUUAAUUUCGAUCAUCACGACAACGGGUAUCAUGAAGAACAUCAAGUGUCAGAACAUGUCGAAGUGUCGAAACCCGUCUCUGUGCCAAUUUACAAACACAUUGGAGUACCGGUGCCUCACGAAGUGAAGAUUCAUAUCCCGCAUCCAGUUGUAGUAAAUGUUCCCCAGCCGUAUCCAGUAGCCGUACCAGUGGGACAUCCAGUGCCGAUUCAAGUUAUAAAAACUGUCGCGAACCCUGUGGAAAAAAAGGUUCCUUUUGCAGUGGAAAAACACAUUCCAGUACCGAUUGAAAAACCCGUGCCAAUAACCGUCGAGAGACACAUUCCGGUGCCUGUUGAAAAACCCUACCCCAUUAAAAUUCCCGUCUACAAAACUAUCCACCACGUCGCCAAGUCUCAUCAUGGAUAA